UAUAUUAUUUUAAACUUAUUUAGAUUCGUGUGACGAUAUGUUGGUGAAACUCGUUCUCGCCGCCGUAAUGGCAGUUGUAGUUCUGGGGCACACAGUUCCUGAGGAGGACAAAUGGAUUACUGCGAUCAUCACGACUGACUUUUGCGAAAGUGGCAAAUUCCAACAAGUGCAGGCUUCCAUGUCAACAUUCAAGCAAUGUAUUACAGACGUGUAUUCUGACGAGAAUUUCAGGGAUGAGGUUAGAGUGGCGAAAUACUUCGAAAACCAGGAAAAAAUUGUUAAGGCGUUCUGCGACAGAUCAGCACAGGUGAAGGCCUGCGUACGACCACUUGUUACAAGCAUGACGCCGUGUUUCACGGCUAGUGGGUUACGCACUACACAAAAAGAGUUUGAUAAAGUAAUCGACUUCUUCUGCCUUAACGAUGGAGCUAACACAAACUCGUUCAUAAAGGAAGGUGGUUCAGAGUGUCUGGAACAGAAGCGAGUAGAUUUCGCAUUCUGCAAAAAUAACAAGACACCCGAGAUCACUCGGCUCAUUGGUGUAUAUGGAAGUGGGCCGGCAAUUCCUGAAAAGGAGAGAUGCAAACUAGACAAACAAGAAAACGAAUGCGAGUUUACCGCAGUGAAAGCCUGCGGGAAACCCAAAGUCGAGAAACUUUUGCGAGAGCUGCUUAAUUCUAUCGAUUUGAACUGCGAAGAAUGUAAGUGGGGUUAUGAAUUUUAAGAAG